AUGAACAGUCUAGUUGGAGGUGCUAAGGGCUCCGGUCGUUACAUCUCUAUUCUCAACGAUUUCGACUGCCCGAUACCGUACCAGCGAUUCUUAGCAUUAUAUCUCAAAGCGCUUGAGUUGUCCUCCGAAACUCACUUCAUUGUAGAGCAAUUCCUCCUCGCUCAAGAGAAGCAGAAUGCCGAGGCCCUAUAUCCUCUCAAAGACCGCCAGGAUUCCAUGUCAACAAAGAAUAUCCGUGAUGCCGCGGUAGGUCAUCUGCGCUACCCACUGCGCCUGACAGGCGACCCGCAAAGCCGUGUCCCCGAGACCAAGUCCAAGGCAUGGCAAGACAUACAGCAAGCGAUUGACGAUCCAACAUCAGAUUUCCCCUGCUUGAGUCCUUACAAAAACGGAGAAAAUACUGCCGCUGGUGUAGCGAUAGGCAUCAAACAGUCGCACCGGGCAUGGAAACAGUCAUCGGUGUCCUCCGCGCUGUCUAAGAAGUCACAAGCGCCGCAGCCCCUCGAAGUUGGCGUCAAUGUCAAAGCAGAUACGGAAAAUGUCUCCCGUAUGACUAAACGUAUACUAGGUAGCUUAAAGAUUUCCAAUGAUAUCUUCGGAUGUGUCAUCUGCAUUUGCUCGCGUGGGUGGCUUGGCACGACAACUUCAGGAAUGUCAAAUGCAGCCCGCCGAUGCCAAGGGUCGUGA